AUGACAUCGCCGGAAGUUUUCUGGCGCCCCCCGCUGACCUCCUCAUCCCAGUUCCGCAAAGAGGAUCGGCACUUGGCUUUCGGUUUGGUUUCCCCUGAUGGGCGAAAUCCGGCAGCUCGCCCAAUCUCUCAGAUCGCAGGCUGGAUCCUCUGCGAGGCGGUUCAAGAGUCGGUCCCGGGAGCUGGAGAUUGCGGGCUCCGGCGCGAGACCGGGCCGCUCCCUUCCUCUUGUGAUGCUUCUUUCGAAGAUCUUCUGCCAGUUGAGACCGCGAGCCGGGAGGUAGUGGUUUUUGAGGCUCUUGCAGGGGAGGAGGUGCGAUGGACAGGGCUCCUGUCCGUGGAGGCGGGCUCGAAGCUUCGGCUGGCUGGACCCAGCAGCUUUCGGCUUACCUUUGGCAGAGCUCGCCAGGCACUUCCCAGGGCAGUGCUGCGCAGCUCAGCGUCUCCUCCAGGUCACGUCGGUCUGAGGGACUGGUUUGAGGUGCACUGCCGUCCAGGGAAGGCCACUGCCAGCACCGCCAGCGUCACAGCGACGGUGGAGGUCCUGAAGCCUCCGAGAGGUCAGGUCAACGGAGUUUGGCAGCCAGUCCGCUGGAGCGACUUCCAGAUGCCGGAGCUUUGGCCAUUGGUCCGCGUCAUGGGUGCUUGGGUGGACGGCGGGGCCGGCAGAUGCGAAGCGCCCGCGCCCCUCCGCGUGCCUCCUGCGCACCUUCGCAAGCCAGAAUUUGGCGCUACACCAGACCGACCACAUCUGGCUUUGCUAGUAGUGCUUGCAGCUCAGCCUGCAGAGAGUGGUGUGGGUUGCAUGACACCCAACUGGUCCCUGGUCGCUGCCUUGGAGGAGGCCCUGUAUCGCCGGCUCGGACCUCAUUACGAACUCCAUGUUGUGCAGAUAGAGGCGGAGGAAGAACUGGAAAGUAUUUCCGCCGAGGACGUCCUGCGCAGCCUUUCACGUGCUGAGGUCAAAGGCAUUGUUUAUUUCUUAAGCCCGCAGCAAGUCAAAGGUGCUUUUCGGACAAAGAGUUAUUUGAUCCACGACGAGGCACUCUUUGCCUUGAUGGAAAGACUUGAGAGGGCCGGCCUUCCAACGGUCUGGCCACACCCUUUGCACCUGUUCAAAGCACUUGCCGGCAAAGUGUGGCCUCCCCAAGUUUGCCUGUCGCCGCAGUAUCAUGUGCCACUCACUUCCUGUGUUCCCCGCUGUGCUGUGCUCGCAGACCCACAGCUGGCUGCAGACGAGGCCCUACAGGCCUUGAAAGUCUUGAGGGAGGCAUCUUCGCGCUCUCCAGAAAUCUCGGGGACAGUGGUCAAGGUCGGAUUCUCCUGGAAGUCCGAGGGGGUUACGCUCUGCCGGAGCAGGGAAGACUUGCAGUGCGCCUUGCAAAGUGCAGCAGCUGCUGGCAGUCAUAGCUACUUCAUGGUGCAGGAGCGCAUUGAAGGCUUGUGCUGCGAGGCCAUGGUUUACACACUCGCCGGCCAGAUCGUCGGUCAGCCACAGUACUAUUCUUUCCCGUAUCACAAAGCCCCACCGCAGUACAUGCUUCGAAAGACAGCCGCGCAGUUGUUGGGUGGGGAAGCGGUCCAAAGAGACUGCGAGGAUAAGAUGAAGCAGAUUACCCAGCGGUGGCUACUGUGGAUUCGGGCACAGUGCUCCAGCCCUGUGCCUUUCCUAAGGGUUGAUUUCUUGCUGGCGCUCGAUCCGGUCUCGCGGGAUGUACAGAUAUGGACAGGUGAGGUAAGUGAGCUGGGUGUUGCGGUCUCGUUUCAGGAAAUAGACGAUCACCAAAGCUGUGACAUGGUGAUGGAUGCGGUGCUGUGUUCAGUUCUCAGCCAAAGAAACGCUGAGGCGGACGCUCAAACUCUGAAUCUUGCAGAGGCAGGACAAACCCCACAGAGUUGGACUGCAACUGCAACGCAUGCUCGGCAUCCAUGCAUGCUGCAUGACACUUUGCGGAGCACCCAGGUGCCAUUCAGACGUCUCUUCAAGGACAGAGGAUCUUUGAUACGGAGGCGCAUGGAUGCCGGUACCGCGUAA